GGAGCUGACCCGGAAUCGCUGGAGGUGUGGUGGCGGCGGUGGCGCGACGCUCACCUUGGUGAGCGGAGGCGCGGGCUGCGGGCGCCAUGGUCUUCCUCACGGCGCAGCUCUGGCUGCGGAACCGCGUCACCGACCGCUACUGGCGGGUCCAGGAGGUGCUGAAGCACGCGCGGCACUUCCGGGGGAGGAAGAAUCGGUGCUACCGGCUGGCAGUCAGGGCUGUGACGCGAGCGUUCGUGCAGUGCACCCGAGCCCGCAGGUUGAAGAAGAGGAACCUGCGGACGCUCUGGAUCAGUCGAGUUACAGCUGCUUCCCAGGAACACGGCCUGAAGUACCCAGCAUUCAUCCUCAACUUGAUUAAGUGCCAGGUGGAGCUCAACAGGAAAGUACUUGCAGAUCUAGCCAUCUACGAACCAAAGACUUUUAAAUCUUUGGCUGCUUUGGCCAAAAGGAGGAGACAGGAAGGAUUUGCUGCUGCCUUGGGGGACGGGAAGGAGCCCGAAGGCAUUUUUUCCAGGGUGGUACAGCACCUCUGAGGGGCAUGCUGACACCCACUGCCCUUUGAGGCGGAGCAUCUUAGGAAAAGUUUUUUUUUUUCCCUCAUGUGAUGAUUAUACUAAAAUAGGGACUAAGAGUUAUUUGUCAACAGUGAGUAAGUUUGAUUUGCAUUUGUGUUAAUUUACAUUUCAGUAACAGGCCUGAGAGAAAAGGCCUUAUCUUGCCUCUUUUGGCACGGGUUCAGAAAUCUCUCAUGGAUUGUGUAAAUAAAGUUUGUGUGGAACGCAAA